AUGAAUCCAAAUAAGCGCGGAUUGCCAUCUGACGACGAAGAGUCAUCCUCGGCGGAUGAGCCUCCGCGACGCAGGAGGGUCAGUAUGUACCAUCCGUCGUACACGCACGGCCCGAAUCGUGUUAGACCGGAACCGGUAAGGAAGUUUAUAACGUUUUCUAGAUUGUAUGUUCUUUUUUCAGGAGAGCGAAAGCGACAGCGAAGACGAUGAGGGUCAGGAGUCCGACGAUGAAAGCGAGUACUCUGAGCAUCUCGAGCACUCUCCGGAGUUGGCGGACACGACUGUGGAGGACCAAGUUCGCGAGGAAGGGGAUGUGAUCGAGGUGGAGGAGAACGUUUUGGAAGAAGAAGAAGAGGUCACUUUGGAUGCAGAGGGAGAGGACGAGAAUUGGGAUGAGGUGGUGGUUGAGGAAGAUGACGAUGAAAACAAGGAAAAUAUAGACCCGUACACCCGUUUUUAA